GGAUCCGGAAAAACACAUUUUCUUGCAUUGUUUGUUACAUGGUAUCUGUCUACAUUUAAACCUCAGUCUACAGAAGACAAAAAUUUCAUGAUUGGAGUUACAGCAUUCACCAGAUCUGCAAUUGAUAACCUGUUGGAUCGUAUUGCUAAUGUGCAAAAAGAAGGAAAUAAAACGGGUGAUUUUACAAUAGUUCGAACGGUUAAAGAGUUUAAAAAUCCUAUCGAUGGCGUAAAUGAUUGCAAGGCUGAGACAUUGCCCAAGAAAAUCUCUGGUGGUAAACUUGGUAUUCCUGGUAAACCUAUUGUUGUAGGAGGUACAGUAUGGGACUGGUACAAGAUUCGCAAAGAAUGGAAAGGUGAACAAUGGACAG